AAAAAAUAAAAGCACUAUAUAAAUAAGCUAUCGGAGAAAAACCUAGAAGGAGGCUAGGGUUUAUUCUUCUUUAGCGCCGAUCUCCCCUAGAAGGUAAGUCAUGGUUAAGCAUAACAAUGUUGUGCCAAAUGGCCACUUUAAGAAGCACUGGCAGAACUAUGUGAAAACUUGGUUCAAUCAGCCAGCAAGAAAGGCUAGAAGAAGAAUUGCAAGGCAAAAGAAGGCGGUAAGGAUCUUUCCAAGGCCAACUGCUGGGCCUCUGCGCCCUAUUGUCCAUGGCCAGACCUUGAAGUACAACAUGAAGUUGAGAGCUGGCAAGGGUUUCACUCUUGAAGAGCUUAAGGCUGCUGGUAUUUCAAAGAAACUUGCACCAACCAUUGGUAUUGCUGUUGAUCACCGCCGCAAAAACAGAUCUCUUGAAGGUCUUCAAGCCAAUGUUCAGAGGCUUAAGACCUACAAGGCCAAACUUGUUGUCUUCCCAAGACGUGCUCGCAAGUUUAAAGCUGGUGAUUCUACUGCUGAGGAGCUUGCAACUGCAACCCAAGUCCAAGGACCAUACUUGCCUAUUUCUCGUGAGAAGCCUUCUGUUGAGCUUGUGAAGGUCACAGAGGAGAUGAAAUCAUUCAAGGCCUAUAACAAGCUUCGUGUUGAAAGAAUGAACAAGCGCCAUAUUGGUACUAGGCUGAAGAAGGCUGCUGAGGCUGAGAAAGAAGACAAGAAGUAAGGUUUGCCUUCUUGAGGGCUGUGUUUUGCUAUUUGACUUGUUAAAGACAUUCGUUUUUGUUUUCAUAUUGUCAGUUGAGUUGAAACAGCUUUUGAAAACUUUGGUAUUACGUUUGUAAUCCUGUUUUUGAGCAUUUUAAUAGAUUGAGAGGUUUCUUGCAAUUCCUUUCUGUG